AUGGGUUGGUUUUGGGCCGAUUCACCACGUCGCAAUAUUUCACAAGGACUGGCUCCUGCCGUUUGUCCUGUUAACCAUGCUGCCUUGCCAGCUCUGGCUUGUCCCGUGAAACAUUCUGGAUCGGAUGAUGUGGAGGUGUUAAAUCCUCUCAAUAAUAUGCCCAUGGCAAUCUCGUCGGAAAGAGCACCGGGGCAAAGGGUUGUGUUGUCAACAGAAAGAACCAUCUCUAGUAUCCCCAGAGGUGAAUCCAAUGACCAAGGUUUCUGGGAGUAUCCGUCGCCCCAGCAAAUGCUUAAUGCGAUGAUGAGAAAGGGAAAGGGCCAAGGUAUCGAUGAAGAGGCGGUGGAGUCUAUGGUUGAUGUGCACAAUUUUUUGAACGAAGGCGCUUGGCAGCAGAUUUUGGAGUGGGAGAAAAAGUAUACCGAAACCACAAGAGUAGAGCCCAGACUUGAGCGUUUUACUGGAAGACCUAACGAUUUGUCUCCAAGAGCAAGAAUGUUUCUUUACUUGGGCAAAGUCUUUCCCCAGACUUUUAAUACCCAGCCUCCAUUUGACCGCCACGACUGGACUGUUUUGAGAUCUAUGGGCAAAGAUCAGGGCUGGGAAAAGGUGAGAUAUGUCAUUGACUAUUAUAGUGCUCCAGAUGAUGAAGACACGGGAAUGCCUGCUUUUAUGUUGGACACCCGUCCAGCUUUGGACAAUCCAAGAAAUGCCUUCGACAGAUUUGACCACUGGUUCACACCAUUAUGGAAGAAAGCAAUGGGAGAAGGAGAGUAUGGGCAUUGA